UCGUCACCAACCCUUUAUAAAUAGGCAACUAGUCCUUCCCCAAAUAUCACAUCCCACCUGCUUAAACCCAUUUCCAUAAUAACUUUUUUCUACUUUCUUCUCCAUCCAUUUUGAUUCGUAAUUAACUUGAUUCACAACCACCAUGGCUGAAGAGAAACACCACAAACACCACCUCUUCCACCAGCACAAGGACGAGGAUAAUAAGCCCACAGAAACCGAAACUGGUUACGACAAUACAUCUUACUCUAAGCCUUCUGAUGACUAUGACUCUGGUUUCAGCAACCCAUCGUAUGAGACUUCUGGCGGUGCCUAUGAAACUGGUCACAACAAGACAUCAUAUUCUAGUGAUGAUCAGCCAGCUUCUGGUGGUGGCUACAAAAAAACAGGUUAUUCUGGUGGCAUUGAUGAGACUUCUGGUGGCGGUGGAUACGGCGGUGGCGGCGGUGUGUACUCUGACACUACCACUGAUGGUGGAUACACCAGAACAAGUGGUGGUCGGUAUGGUGAUGAGGUUGACUAUAAGAAGGAGGAGAAGCACCACAAGAGUCUUGAGCACCUUGGUGAGUUAGGUGCUGCAGCUGCUGGUGCUUACGCCUUGCAUGAGAAGCACAAGGCAGAGAAAGACCCAGAGCAUGCUCACAGGCACAAGAUAGAAGAGGAGGUUGCAGCAGCAGCUGCAGUGGGAUCUGGUGGGUUUGCUUUUCAUGAACAUCAUGAGAAAAAGGAAGCAAAGGAGCAAGAUGAGGAAGCUCAUGGAAAGAAGCACCACCAUCUCUUUGGCUGAUGAAGCAUAAGCAACCAAUUAUGAGCAUAUCCUUCUACUUUAAAUUGUCUUGUCUUAUAUAUAUAUAUAUAUAUAUAUAUAUAUAUAUAUAUAUAUAUAUAUAUAUAUAUAUAUAUAUAUAUAUAUGCUUU